UCCAAGACAUCAUAGAGCCAAUACUCGACACAGCAAACUAUAAGACUCUCAGCGGACGAUAUAUUGUACAUUUUGGUGGUAUUGGACUCCAGGAUCGUUGUCGAGGGUUUCUUGAACCAUUUCCCCAUCCCAUCCUCUUCAAAUAGAAGAAUUAACCAGCAAAGGCGUACGCCAUUCUCCAGAUCAAGGAGGCUUGCAAAUUCCACAUGCAGUUACUCAUAUUUCUCUGAAGAGGAAGAAUAUACACUCGUUUCGUCGUUCAUCUUUCGGAUUCAAGACAGGAGCUAUUCUUUCAAGAAAAUUCAGGGCAAACAAGGCUUCUUUUCAGUGAGGAAUGCUUUCCUGCAAAUCUGUUUGAUAUUUUCUGCAAUGGCUGGGAUUAUUAAUUCAGGGUCAUCUUCAAAUCUUCCAGACACCACUGGACGACCAUAUGCAACAUCCUUCUCUGUUCAAUCUGGUUCUUCUGGUCCUGGUUUUCAUCACACUGGAAAUAUGCAAGGAUUACAUAAUAUUCAUGGGAGCUUUAAUAUUCCCAGCAUGCAAGGCACACUUGCAUCAAGGAACUCAUCAAUGAAUGCUAUUCCUUCAAAUGGUGUUCAACAGCCUGCAGGAAGCCUCACAAAUGGAAGAUAUACAUCAAAUAAUCUUCCUAUUUCUCUUUCUCAGAUAUCUCAUGGUAAUUCACUUGGACAUUCAGGGGUCACAAAUAGAGGAGGAUUGGGAGUUUCUCAAAUUUUAGGAAACACAGGUCCUCGAGUUACCAGCUCAAUGGGAAACAUUGUUGGCAGCAAUAGUGGCAUGGGAAGGAGCUUAAGCUCUGGUGGAUUGUCUGUGCCUGCUCUUGCUUCACGUAUGAAUUUAACAAGUGGCAAUGGAUCUGGUAGUCUUGGUGUACAAGGACCUAACAGAUUAAUGAGUGGUGUGCUUCAACAAGCACCACAGGUGAUAUCUAUGCUAGGAAGUUCUUAUUCUGCUGCUGGAGGUACACUGCCCCAAAACCAACUGCAAGCAGGGAAUAAUCAGUUAAGAUCUAUGGGAAUACUAAAUGAUGUUGGCUCCAAUGAGAAUUCUCCUUUUGACAUCAAUGAUUUCCCUCAGUUGACUGGCCGUCCUAGUUCUGCUGGAGGUCCUCAAGGACAAUUAGGUUCACUGCGGAAGCAAAGCCUUGGUGUUGUCCAACAGAACCAAGAAUUUAGCAUUCAAAAUGAAGAUUUUCCAGCUCUACCUGGAUUAAAAGGUGGGAAUAAUGAUUAUGGAAUGGAUCUGCACCAGAAAGAACAACUUCAUGACAAUGCCAUGUCUAUGAUGCAUUCACAGCACUUCUCUAUGGGGAGAUCCCCUGGGUUCAGCUUAGGAGGGACGUUUUCAUCUCAUCGCCAACAAAAUGCUGUAUCAGCAACCAAUCAAGAUCUUUUGCAUUUACAUGGUUCUGAUCUGUUUCCACCUUCCCAUGCAAAUUAUCACUCACAGGUUCAGAAUAGUGGCCCACCAAAUAUUGGAGGAAGACCUAUGAAUUCUCCAAAUUCAGUUUCAGGUGUAGGGUCAUACGAUCAGCUUAUUCAACAGUAUCAACAGCUUCAAAGUCAGUCCCAAUUUCGAUUGCAACAAUUUUCAGCUGUGGGUCAGUCAUAUAGAGAUCAAAAUGUGAAGUCAAUGCAGGCAGCGACUGAUCGAUUUGGAUUACUUGGUUUAUUGAGUGUCAUAAGGAUGAACAAUCCUGAUUUGACUUCCCUUGCUCUAGGAACUGAUCUUACGACAUUAGGGCUAAAUUUGAGUUCAACAAAUGACAUCCACAAAAGGUUUGCCUCUCCCUGGUCUGAUGAGCCUGCCAAGAUACAACCUGAAUACACUGUUCCAGAGUGUUACCAUGCUGAACCACCACCUGCGUUGCAUCAAGGGUAUUUUGCAAAAUUCCAGCCAGAGACAUUGUUUUACAUCUUUUACAGCAUGCCAAAAGAUGAAGCCCAACUGUAUGCUGCAAAUGAAUUGUACACAAGAGGGUGGUUCUAUCACAGAGAGCUCCGACUAUGGUUCAUAAGGGUUGCAAACAUGGAGCCUUUGGUUAAGACGAAUGCAUAUGAAAGGGGAUCUUAUCUUUGUUUUGAUCCAAACACAUGGGAAACAGUUCGCAAGGAUAACUUUGUCCUCUACUACGAUUUGUUAGAAAAGAGACCAGUUCUACCUCAACAUUAGCAGACUAUAGUUUUUUCAUUUUUUUUUUCUUAUUCUUUAAGAUGUAAAUCAGCUUCAAGUGGGAUUCCAUUUUUUCCUGGUAAUUUUGCAUUUUGGUUAAUUGUUACAUUUUUCAAGCUGCUUUGGCUUUAUCUUGGUAGCAAUAUCCAAAAGGGGAUUGUGGCCAGUGGCCUUUUUCUUGCCUC